AUGGAGACCAGCACAUCAACCGAUUUCUCGCAGACGACACCGGAGAAGCAAGUACUAGAAAUCAUCAACUUGACGGAUCAAGUGCUGUAUCAAGCAGCCUCCGCAAAGCAAUUAAAAGACUUCAAACCCGAGCUCCUCGGCGAAAUCGAAUAUAACUGGAUCUUCUCCACUAUUUCCGACGCAGACAACGCGGCACGAGAUUUGGCCAAGCUCGUGGAACCCUACCGACUCGAGAUUUUGAAGUGCAAAGGCAAGCUCAAGUCCACCACUCGGAAGCGCUGGGCAAUAGCGGAUUCUCAACUCGCUCUCGAGAAGAGAUCUAGACUAGGUCGGUUCAAGAAUAGACUGGACCGAUCUAUCAAACACCUCACCGGUGAUAUUACUCCCCCGACAUCCCCGCAGCAAUGCGACGGUGUUGUUUAUGCCGAGCUUUCUCCUCGGGAAUCCCACCAGCAAGGUGAUUCAAUUACCAUUGCCGAGCUCCCUGCCAAUACUCAUGAUGACCCGCCAUUCUACGACGAGCUCCCUGCUCGCUUAACCUACAAGUCCGACUCCGCAUUAAGCUUCGCAGAACUUCCCGGUGACUGGCCCCAGGUUCAACUUAUGCCUUUGACCCCAAUACCCAAGAUCAUUGUCACACAGCCUCCUGAUGAGAUAAUGCUUGACCGCCUUGAUCUCCCCGACCACGAACAGUACAUGUAUGAAGCGUAUGAACUCGAUGGGACGCUGUAUUGGGAUGAGAUACGCGACAAUAUUCGAAUGCAGCAAUCUGAGUCUCUUGCGGGUAUUGUUGCGAAGAUGGAUCUCAACCGGACUCAGUGA